AUGGAAACAUCUGGAAGUGGUGUAAACAAUGACACCAAAAAUGUCAAUAAUUUAGGGGCCGAUGAAUUGUCGGUCAGAAGUCUAGAUGAUGUUCACGUGAAUGGGAAGAAGGACCCUAAAAGUAGUGCUCAUUGGAUCGACGCCUACCGUCGGCUCAUCGAGUAUAAGGAAUGGCGGGCUGUGGACAAUGGCUACGGCCAGCGAUACUCUUCUCUGUUCGCCACCACUUUAUGCAUAGAAAAUAUUAUGAGUUGUUAUCAAAAUCGUGGUCUUCUCCUUUAUGGACUGUUAGGCCCGAGUGGUUGUGGAAAGACAACACUUCUUAAAGUAAUAUUGGGUUUAAAACGGCCACAAAAGGGUACGAUUGAGGUAAACGGUAGACACCCUCUGCACCCUUUGAAUCAUAUCCCAGGCAUUGGCGUUGGAUUCCAACCACAAGAAACGGCUUUAUAUCAGGAGUUUUCAAUCCGGGAGACACUUAACUAUUUCGCACAGAUCUAUGGCAUGGAUGAGAGCUACAGAAUCAAAGCUUAUUUAUUAGAAACGGCUUUAUAUCAGGAGUUUUCAAUCCGGGAGACACUUAACUAUUUCGCACAGAUCUAUGGCAUGGAUGAGAGCCUUAAAACAAAGCGAAUUAAUUUUCUCAUUAACUUCCUAUCGCUUCCCAAUCCGAACGCUAGAAUCUAUGGCAUGGAUGAGAGCCUUAAAACAAAGCGAAUUAAUUUUCUCAUUAACUUCCUAUCGCUUCCCAAUCCGAACGCUAGAGUCAAGAAUUUGAGUGGUGGCGAACAGAGAAGAGUAUCGCUGGCCGUAGCCAUUGUCCACAGCCCGCCAUUCCUUAUACUCGAUGAGCCGACGGUAGGCGUCGACCCAAUGCUGAGGGAGAGAGUUUGGCAACAUUUGGUGCUACUGGCGAAACAGGAGAAGACAACGAUUUUGAUAACAACUCAUUACGUAGAGGAGGCGCGAAGGGCUCACGUGAUUGCGCUCAUGAGGUCGGGUCGUCUUCUGGUGGAACAGUCGCCGCAAUAUCUUCUCAAUCACUUCGAUGUGAUUACGUUAGAAGAAGUGUUUCUAAACGUGUGUAGGGCUCAGGAGUCGGACUUCAAAGCGAAUCCAUUGCCCAAGAGUUUUAUUGAGACAAUCGAUGAGAAACAGAUUGAAUUGAAAAGAAGUGAAUCCUUUGUAACGCAAAAAAAUUUGCAUUUGAAUCCCAGUUAUUGGAAACGCGGCAAAAGUCUUGUCAAAAAAGAUUACAUAAGACUCACCAGAAAUCUAUUAAUAUUGGUCUUCCAAAUCAUGAUCCCAACCAUAUCGAUGACACUGUUUUGCUUAUGUGUGGGUCGGGUGCCUCUCAACCUAAAAGUGGCCGUUUAUAACGAAGAGGUCCUUUUAGGCAGCAAUUUAAGCCAUACGUGUAUUUAUAACAAUCUGAGCCGUUAUUUCAUAGACGCCAUCGACAGAGAACACGUCCAAUUGAUUAACUUCAAUACACGCGACAAAGCGUUGAAAUCAGUAGAAACGGGAGAGACCUUUGGGGCGCUGGUCGUCGACCGGGACUUUAGUUACGCGUUGUGUAACCGAAUGAACAACAAAACUAACAUCAAAAAGAGCACCAUUUCAUACUUUGGAGACUUCACUGUUAUGAACGACGCUGUUAUGACAUUUUCGGCAGAUGUCAGUCGACUUCUUAAGCCUAUUGUACAACCGUUACAAUCGAUAGAUCCCGAGGUUUUUUCCCCGAUAUUGGCAAUUGAAAAGCCAAUCUACGGGUCGGCAAAGGCCUCGUUUAGGGACUUUAUGGCUCCAGGAAUGAUGAUCUCCAUUGUAUUCAUUCUGGCCGUCGGUCUGACAGCCCUAUCAUUUGUGACAGAAAAACGGGAAUCACUUCUCGACCGCACGCUUAUGGCCGGAGUCAAGAUCUAUGAGAUACUCAUUUCGCAGAUCUUUAUCCAAAUAUUUGUGCUUUUAAUUCAAAUACUGUUAUUAAUGGUAAUCAUAUUUUCCAUCUUUCAAAUCGCAAACCACGGAUCCAUACCAUUGAUUGUUGUUCUGCUUCUGCUGCAAGGCGUCGCCGGAAUGACAUACGGUUUACUGAUAUCAUGUCUCACACCCGAUGAACAGUCGGCUCUAAUGGUAGCUUUUGGCUCAUUCUUUCCCAUAUUAUUACUUUCGGGUGUGUUUUGGCCCAUAGAAGGCAUGUCAAUUUAUAUUAUAUUCGAUGCUACUGGGUCUAAGUUACGACGUAUUUUCGUGACGUCCGGCGCCGAUAAGGACAAACAGGUGACGGUUCCCAACUGUGGGGUCACGGAUGCCGUUAAGAGGCGUAUAGUCGGCGGCACUGAUGCCUCUAACGGUCAGUUCCCGUGGGCUGUCCUCAUAGAGACCAAAGGAAUCCCAUACUGUGCCGGAACUAUACUCAAUGAGCGCUGGAUCAUAACCGCAGCCCAUUGUUUCAAAGAACGAAAAACACCCACCGGUCUGACCAUAAGAGCUGGAUCUAUAAGGAGUAAUGAGGGCUCAGUAUAUAAAGUAUCCAAAAUAGUUAUCCACGAGAAAUACAAUUGGGACGGAAUGGAGAACUCGGAUCUGGCGUUACUUAAGACCGCACAUCCCAUACGAAUGGAGAGAAAGGGAACCACUGAUAUGGUCAACGGGGUAUGCCUACCCCCUACGCUGAAAGAGGAGCCUCAGGGGACCAACAUAUUAGUGGCCGGUUGGGGCCGCACGGGUGAGAAGGAGUCGCCCUCGCGUUCGCUCAAAUACGUUAAGCUCGAUGUCGUGGACAUUACAAAAUGUGCCCAACAGUUCGCUUUCCAAAUGGAGGGCUUUCCCGAUGGUUACAAGAUUUACCGAUCUCAAUUAUGCGCCUAUACAGCCGGCAAAGAUGCCUGUCUUGGUGACUCCGGUGGGCCUGCUAUACAAUAUCACGAAAAUAAGGCAAUAUUGGUUGGUGUGGUGUCCUUUGGGAUCGGUUGUGCGACUGAAUAUCCGGGCGUUUAUACAAAAGUAUCCCAUUUUACCGAUUGGAUCGCUAGUCAUAUGGAUUGA